AUGGCUGUCGAUGCGGGCGCGGCCGGCACGCUGCUGCGCCGGCUGGCAUCUCUGGCGCUCGGCGGCGCGGACGACACUGCGGCGGCCGCAGCCCUCAGGGCGCUUGCGGCCCUGGCGGAAGCGCUGGGCAGGGACGACGUUGCGGCUGCUGACUUGUGGGGCUCGCCCGGGCUCGCCGCCCAGGCCGCGCGCUGGCUCGCCAGGGCGCCAGGCGGCGGCGCGGCGCCGCGGGCAGCGGCCGCACAGCUGUGCGUCCCGCUGCUGGCGGGGGGGCACGGGGCGCCAGGGGCGGGCGGCGCGGUGCUGCUGCGGCAGCCGGGGCUCGUGGCCGGACUGGCCGCCUUGGUGGCGGAUUCGCGGCAGCUUCAGGCGCCGCACGAGCUGCUAGAGCUCAUGGCCGCAGUCAGCGCGGUGUCCGCUUACGGCGGCCACGCGGCAGCCGCGGCCUUCGCGGCGGCCCAGCCGGCAGGCGGCGCCGGUGCUGCCGAGCCGGGUUUCUUUGACGGCGUCGCCUGGGCGCUGUCGGCGCCGCUCCUGCCGCGCGGGGACGUGCAGAUGCUGUCGCGGCAGUCGUUCGAGGGGCAGGCGGUCACGGCGCUGACCAUCAGCGCAGGAUCCCUGGUGCAUGCGCUGACGCAGCACCCGACCCCUGGGCUGCUGCGGUGCCGCCCGGCCCUGCUGGAGGCACUGGAGGCGGGCGCCGCCCGGGCGCGCACAUGGGGGCAGGCGAGCAAAGCUAGCGGCGACAGUCUCGGUGACAGCGACGCCCAACAAGUGGUGGAGCACCUCAAUGAUGCGGCCGAUGAGUUGAGGGCCCUGAAGGACGCGGAUGUUGCUGCCGGGGCUCUGGAGGUGCUCGGGAUUGCGGGGCCAGGCGGCGGCGGCGAUGAUGGCGUCGCCUGCGCCAAGCCAGAAUCCUCUACUGACGCCGGUGCAAGGCGGUGUGAGGCGUGCGGGCGGGUGGACGGUGGCGACGGCGGCGGCAAUCCGUUGCUGGCGUGCGCUGGCUGCAAGGGCGUGCUGGAGGUCUUCUUUUGCAAUGUGAGGCAAUAUGCCAGAGGCAAGCUUGGAAGGCCGGCCACAAAAGCGCCUGCAAAGCUGCUCAAGAGCAGCGACGACAAGGGCUUGCUGCGAGCUACGGCCGUGCCGCCCGUCAUGGCGGCCGCCGCGCACGACGCGGCGCGCUACGCCGAGUCGCUGCGCCGCGAGCUCAUUGAGGGCCUCGGCAUCGGCGACCUGGACGGCGGCGCCAGCGACGGCAGCGACGGCGAGGGCUACUCAGGCUUUGGCGCGGGGCAGGGGCCGCCAGGCGGCGGCGCCAGCGGGCUGCGGGACCUCGAUCGGGAGCUCGAGGCGUUUGAGGGCCACGAGGUUAUCAAGGACAUCCUGGACCAGGGGCACGUGCCCAAGGAGUACGCGCGCGGCAUCGACGACCGGCUGCGGGCGGCGGAGCUGGAGUCGAUCCAGGACUACAUCGCUGAGAGCGACAACCUGGUGGCACUGCAUGGGCAGAUCACGCAGUGCGACGGCAUCCUGGAGCACAUGGAGCAGCUGCUCGGCAAGUUCCAGUCCGACCUGGGGAAGGUGUCCGACGAGAUCCGCGCGCUGCAGGUGCAGAGCCAGGCCAUGAGCACGCGGCUCAAGAACCGCCGCACCAUUGAGAACCGGCUGGGGGCGUUCAUCGAGGCCAUGGCGGUGCCCGAGGAGAUGGUGGCCGGCAUCAUGGACGCAGAGGUGAAUGAGGAGUACCUGGAGCACCUGCUGGCCCUGGACCGCAAAGUCAAGUUUUUGGCGGGCGACGACACCGCCAAGGGCAGCCAGUGCCGCCGCGACGUGGAGGUGGUGCUGGAGAAGCUGCGCAUCAAGGCCAUCACCAAGCAAACAUAG